AUGUCUUUUAUCCACGAGGCAUUCCAGGAGUGUGUGAUGUCAGAACUGGAUCUUUUUCAACUGCCACCUACACAAACCAGUGUUGAAAACAGCAUGUAUGUCGAGAUUCUGCCUUUAUCCACACUAACACCCAAUGCCCCCCUGGAAUUUUUUAUCACAGGACAUGAUGAGUAUUACACGGAUUUAAACAACACUUUGUUGCAUGUAAAUUGCAAGAUUGUAAAUGCAGACGGCACAGAUAUUGCUGAAGAUGCCUGGCUAGCCCUGGUCAACUAUCCUAUAGCCUUGCUGUUUAACCAACUGGAUGUUACCUUGGGAGAUUACCUCAUUACGCAGAGCCAUCACUGCUGUCCUUAUAGGGCCAUGAUCGAACUGAUUCUGAAUUUUGGCUCUCAUACUCUAGGAACCCAAUUUACAGCUGGGGGUUUUUACAAAGAUGACUCAAACUGCAUGGAGAUCACUUUACUGACGGGUGUAGGCAACUACGGAUUCAGAGCGAGAGCAAAACACGCUGCUGGUAGUCAUAAAUGGGACCUGGUCGGCACUUUGCAUAGUGAUCUUUUUUUUCAAGACAAGCUGCUAAUUAACGGAGUUGAUGUGAAAAUCAAACUCACAAGAAGCAGAAAUGAAUUUUGUCUAAUGAGGGACAGCAACCAGAAUUACAAAGUGCAGCUAGUGUCGGCCUUUCUUUUUGUGAAACGUGUAAAAGUAUCCGCCGGAGUGGGUUUGGGCCACGCGGAAGCUUUGCUGACCUCCAAUGCCAAGUACCCCAUUGAUCGAGUGGGGAUGAAGGUUUACAGCAUUCCAGCAGGCAGCCUUGUGUGUAAUCAGGAAAACCUUUUUCUGGGCCAGCUACCUAAACAAUUAGUGAUUGGUUUCGUGGACAAUGCCUCUUUUAGUGGUGAAUAUGACAGAAAUCCAUUCAAUUUUAAGAACUUCAAUGUCAAUUUUUGUGCUCUGUAUUGCAACAGCGAACAGAUCCCCGCCAAGCCUCUUCAGCCUGAUUAUGAACAUGGCCUUUUUGUGAGAGAGUACAUGCAGAUGGUGCAGAUGACCGGUAAAGGUAUGAAAGACAGACCUCUCUUAAUCAGCUGGGAGGAAUUUAGGACAGGGUAUAACUUAUAUUGUUUUGACCUAAGUCCCAAUCAUGGGUGUGCUGAGCACUAUUCUUUGAUCAGAAAUGGUAACCUCAGAGCGGAAAUUAGAUUCGCACAACCCCUACUCAAUACCAUCAACAUGAUACUCUACGCCAUCUUUGAAAACGUUAUUGAAAUAAGCCACACCAGGAAUGUGCUUUUUGAUUAUAUGUGA